AGCGCAAGCAAGUUUCAGUUGUACGGUAUUACUACGCCUGAAAACAUCAGCCUAAAUUGGCGCUCUCAAAUUAUAGACAUUAAAAAUUAUUAUAACAAAGUGUUAAAACAAAGUCCUUUAGCUUUAUUAUCCUGAAAGGACAUCCACAAUAAAAGCAUACAUACAUACAAACAUAAAAAGACAUAGGCAUAUAAAGUGAAGUGCCAGUGAAAAGCAAAUCUUAUCUAAUGCACAGCAGAAUUACAAGACCACAAAGCGUGUUUAUGCAAAUUAACAAUACUUUCCUUUAGUUAAUUGAAAGGGUUAAAUUACGUGUUUUUAUAGUGAUUAAAUUUUUUUUAAGUAAAAGUGUAAAAAAAAAAUUAUAUACAAUAUGCCGGUUGAUAUAUGCAGUCGCCCCACAUUCACUCUAGAGCCUGAGUCCAGCUCUGUAGCCGCAUCGACCGUAGAUACCUCGUCGCUACCACCCAGAGAGAAGCCACGCAAUAUGAACAAACUCUGUCGUCAAGUGUCAAUUGAGUCACCCGGACCGGUGGUGAAGAAUUGUGUCUUCAACUUUUUUGUACCGAUCGAAGAUACACCACCACAGGGUGCACGCAUUAAGAUCGUUUAUGCCGGUGCGUGCUUUCGCAGACGCGAUCGUUCCGCUUCAAUUACCAGCAUGUCAUCGGUAUCGUCAGAUUUGAGUGAUUAUUGUCCGACGUUGCCCGCCCAGUCGUCACCUGCACAUCAGAUGCGUGAAAAUCCCGCACAUCAAGGCAUACGUGAGGGUUCCAUUUAUGCCGGUUACGAAGUAGCUGGUGUUAUUGAGUCGCUCGGCUCCGAAAUCACAGAUGCCAACAACUAUGGCCUACGCAUCGGUCAACGUGUGGUCGUCUAUCCAUUCGAUGAGGCACCAGCCGGUUAUGCCGAAUUAAUGGUUGUACCCGAUCUCAAAUAUAUAGUACCGAUUCCAGAUAAUUUACCACUGAGUGUUGCUGCACUUUUGCCGACUGGUGCUUUGCUAGCCAUGAAUGCCGUCUUCAAGGCAUACGAAGUGGUAACAGAGUUGUCGAAGAAGCGUCCCGCCGAGGAGGCGAAUAAGAAAUUUAAGAUACUCAUUGUCGGCACUGGCGGUUUGGCGUUGUGGGCUGUACGCAUAGCAACACAUCACUUCGCCUCGACUGGCGCUAACAAUUAUGUAGACGUUACUGUGGCCAGUCUGCGCGAUGAGGGCUUCCGCUUGGCCACAGAGAUUGAAAAUGUCAGCGUUGUACAGUGGAAUGAGUGUCUCUAUGAACCACAGCUGAUUGAGCGCACCAAGGAUGUGUGCGGUGGCCCAGUGGAUGUUGUCAUCGAUUUCGGUACCACCUCCCGUAGUCUGCAUCGUUCAAUGCACUGCCUAACUAAGGGUGGCGUUGUGCUUAUGAGCGAGGAUGUCGCUGAGAAAUUGAUGCCCAAAUUUUCACGUUUGUCAAUUGAAUAUCAGCAAGAGAUUAUUCCCAUAUCAAACGGUACAGUGGAACAACUGCACGAGCUAGUACAGUUAGUUGCUACCAAAACGAUCGAACCCAUACCACAUUCGGUGUUUCCCUGCGAACAAGCAACAGAGGUCGUGCAGAAAUUAUGCACCUCAGAGAUACCCGGUCGUGCCAUACUGAAAUUUCACGAUAUCGAAUAAAUCGCAACUAACACGGAAAUGUCACGAGUGUAACGGCGACAUCACAUGUAUUUCUUUCACACCACUCUCCACCCCAAACCGCAAGGAAACUGAGGAAAUAGACGCGAGAUCCUAUGGUGGCAUAUUAAUAAUUGUUUAAACACAUAACCAAGAGAAAUUAUUUGUAUGUUUAUUCUAACAGAGAGCAAACAAUUUUAGAUUUGAACAAAGAAAAAAUCAACAACAAAAACAAAUUUAUAUCCUACAUGUAAAGGUAAAUAUAUGUAGCAUUGGUUGUCGACUAAAAAGCACGAAUAUUAAAAUUAAUAUUAAUGUAAUAUUAAGCUUUCGACGAACAAUGCAGCAUACUAUACCCUCAUCGUACUAUUAACGGUUCAUUAAUAACAAAAAAACAUACAUAUAUACACACCUGCACCACAUAUUGAGUACAUACAUACCCAAAAAUAUGGUAUUAACUAAGAACAUUUGCAUUCAUGCCAACACAUUGAAAACACACUCAAAUGUAAAACACAACAAAAAGCAAAAAGCAAAAAAUAUUUGAAGUAUAAGAACAUCUAUGUACACGCAAAUAUGUUUCCCGAAGUCGUAAAUCAUAAAAAUUCAAAUAAUAGUGACUGAAUUCGUUGUAAGCUCAGGGGCCAGCGGCAUGAAUGCAAUACGUACACGCCCACACGCCCACACAUACAUACAUAAAUACAUUAUAUAUAAGUUAUGUGCAAACACAAAGUCACACAUUAUUAGGAAUGUACACAAAAUUAUGCAUAUUUGUUGGCUUGUUGUCGCGUUUAUUGGAAAAAAGUGUAGUUUUUACUUUUUAAACCAGGAAUUUAACCGGAAAAGAAUCGACACCACACACACAUACAUACACAGCCACACACAAAUGUAGAAGCGCAGUGUAAGAGCUUUUAGUUACUAAGUUAGUUGCAAUAAAACGCUUUCAUUAGUGUUGAUUUCCUUAUUGCUUUAAGCGCAACAAAUAUUAUACAUACAUACAGACAUACAUAUAUAUUUCUUAAUAUUAUGUACCAA